AUGCACAUCAUUAAGCCGAUCUGGCUUACCCAUGGAGGGGAAAAGAAGGAUUUCGAGGUUUACAGUUGUCAUGUCUCUCCUGACGGCCAGCGCCUUGUUACCGCAGCUGGUGAUGGCUAUGUUCGCAUAUGGUCGACCGAAGCGAUCUAUAAUGCCGCGAACGCUAAAUACGACAAACCGAAACAGCUUGCAUCCAUGAGUUAUCACUCCGGAACUAUUCACACAGUGCGCUUCUCACCUGGAGGGAAAUUUCUGGCUUCCGGCGCCGACGACAAGAUUGUCUGCAUAUACACACUUGAUCCUAGUCCACCGAGCCACGCCGCAUUUGGUUCGAACGAGGCGCCUCCGGUCGAGAAUUGGCGUAUAUUUCGAAGGCUCAUCGGUCAUGACAACGAUGUACAAGACCUGGGCUGGUCAUACGAUGGAACGAUACUUGUGUCUGUUGGACUGGAUUCAAAAGUGGUGGUGUGGUCAGGCUUUACCUUCGAGAAGCUGAAGACUCUUCCCAACCACUCGAGUCAUGUCAAAGGCAUCACCUUUGACCCUGCAAACAAGUACUUCGCGACAGCUAGUGACGAUCGAACGAUCCGAAUCUUUCGAUUCACUUCCCCGACUCAGAAUUACAGUACUCAUGAUGCGGUUAACAACUUCAUCCUUGAGCAAACUAUUUCUGCACCUUUUGUCAACUCCCCACUUACAACGUACUUUCGGCGAUGCUCUUGGGCACCUGACGGUCAACAUAUAGCUGCAGCCAAUGCGGUCAACGGUCCGGUCAGCGCUAUUGCGAUCAUCAAUCGAGGGAGCUGGGAUGGAGAUACAACACUCAUCGGGCACGAAGGACCUGUGGAAGUUUGCGCCUUCUCACCUCGGUUGUAUGGACAAGAGCAGAUGGAUCGAUCUCUACUCGAGGGACAUGUAGCUCCUCACACAACGGUUAUUGCGUGUGGAGGGGCCGAUAAAUGCCUGAGCAUUUGGACUACCAGCAGCCCUCGGCCUCUAGUUGUGCAACAAGAUGUUGCUGGGAAAUCAAUUUCAGACAUCACUUGGAGUCCCGACGGUCACGCACUAUUCGCCACCGCUUUAGACGGAACGAUACUCACUGUAAUGUUUGAACCGGGCGAGCUUGGUUACCCUCGGCCAAUCGAAGAGAAUGACCGCUCACUUAGUAAGUUCGGUACUUCACGAAAAGGGCUCGGCUUCCCAGAGACCACGGAUGCUCUGUUGCUGGAAGAAAUGAGCAAGGCCGGGGAACUCAAAGGAGUCGAGGGACGGAUGGGCGCUCUGAUGGGUGACUCGCACCCAUCCCAGCCACCAGCAGCCGGUACGGCCGCUACUACCAACGGCACUUCGACUACAGAAACCCCCACCAAUGGCGCCGAGCCGACAACUAACGGUAACGCAGCUGCGAAACAAGAUGAGGCAAACCAAGCUAAGCUCGAGCGACUCAAAAAUAGGGUGGAAAUCACCAAGGAUGGCAAGAAAAGAAUCAGGCCGCUGUUGGUGUCUGGCGCUGGUGGCGCAGAGUCCUCUCUGCCGCAGACGAAACUUGUAAGUGCGGCUGCGAAUGUUCAGGGCGCAGUCGAUACGCCACAAUCAAUCCUUGAUCUUUCAAAGCCAUUCGAUGGCCUCCCCAAAGGCGGCAUAGCAUCCCUCCUCCUUGGAAACAAACGAAAGUACGCUCAAAUCGAGGGUGAGGAAGAAGGCACUACCGAAAAACGUAUUGUCGCCGCAAGCCAGAAAGGAGUCACGCCGAUUGUCAUUAACAGCGCUGAUGGCUUGCUUCCAGCCCAGCCUCAGCCAGCUGUCAGUGGACAGCAAGUUACUCCCGAAUUCAUACGGCCGGCGGUCAUCAAUCCAGCAUUAAGUGUUAGUCAAAUACGUCUUGCUAUACCGAAAGUCCGCACACAUAUUGUCCAAGCCAAUGAUGCGUUGGGCAAGUCUGUUGAUGCUAGUAGCGAAGCUGGUAAAAAACCAGAGUUCGUUUUCGAAGCUCGAAAUCCUUCAGGUCCUUCCCUAACUCCAAGGGCUCAAGAUCGAGAACCCUGUCGAAUCACACUCACGCGAAAGGACCAGCCGUUAUGGCAAGACUUUAUCCCACGGCCUGUAUUGCUCGUGACAGGUAAUCAGAACUUCUGGGCGGCCGCGGAUGAGGCUGGCGCAGUCUAUCUGUGGACGCCAAAUGGCAGGAGACUGAACAGUGCGAUUGUCAUGGAAGCCCAGCCGGUUAUUCUUACGUCGUACAAUUCUUGGCUCCUGUGCAUUACUGCAGUGGGCCUGUGUUAUGUCUGGAACGUCAAGACUAUGUCGUCGCCGCACCCACCGGUUUCAUUGGCACCAGUCCUUGACGCAGCUAUGCAUUCGCUGGCGGCUCACCCUACAGGCGCUCCAGGAAUCACACAAGCUCGUCUAAAUUCGGAAGGGCGUAUUAUCGUCAGUCUGACCAACGGAGAGGGCUAUGCUUAUUCGCCACAAAUGUACUGUUGGCAACGUCUAUCAGAAGUUUGGUGGGCAGUAGGCAGUCAGUACUGGAAUACCACCGAUUCUUCUGUUUCCAAUAUUCAUCCCUCAAAAGCACAGAACGAUGCAGAAAGAUCGGUCGAUGUAUCCGCGGGCAUCAUUCCAUGGCUAGAAAGGAACACCACUUCCGAGACAUUGUUGCGUGGUCGAGCAUACUUCUUGCAACGCCUCGUCAAAGUCUUGUUAUCGCGAGAAGGGUUUGAGAGUUUUGAAUCUGGCGUGUCAAUAGCUCACCUGGAAAAUCGAAUCGCAGCGGCUAUGAUGCUUGGGGCCAAGGACGAGUUCAGAAUAUAUUUGCUCAUGUAUGCAAAGAGACUGGGUGCAGAAGGCCUCCGACUCAAGGUUGAAGAGCUACUACGGACUCUUCUUGGUGGUAUUGUGGAACAGCCGAGCAGCAGCGGUGAGGCGUCGGUCGGAACGACGAAUGUGGUGGCAGGGCGUAACUGGGACGAAGAUUCGAAAUCGAUAUGCGGAUGGCAGCGGGAGGAACUCCUCAAAGACGUGGUAUUGAUUCUUGGGAAACAUCGGGAUUUGCAGCGGAUCAUUGUGCCUUUUGCCAAAAUGCUUCACAUUGUUGACGGCGGUUCUGAAGGCCAGGAUGAAAUGGAUAUGUGA